AUGCUUCAGUUCCUGGAUGCAACGACCGCUUCCGCAGGGAUGGCACUCAUGCCGCAACCGCCGUCGUUCGCUGGCAUUGGCUUCGAGGGCGAAGCAAUAAACGGAAACCAACAGCAGCACCGGCAGCAGCAGCACGAGCCAGAAAAACACCCACAAUGCGGUGCAGAGUUAAAGUGCGAGGAAGAAUGCGAAUCGUGUCUUGAAAAUGGCAAACGGCUGCCCCCCGGGGCUGAAGAUGACGGUCCACCCGGGAACGCCGAGUACAUGAAUAUCGUCAACGAAAUAGACAAGUCCCGCUAUAUGCUGAUACACAAAUGUAAGUCGUUUCUUUGGAAGUUGGAGCGACUGCGGUUGGAGUUUGCUGCCACUGCUUCCAAGAAGGACAAUGCCAAGGAAGCGCCCGAGGAGAAGAAUCAGAAGGACGUGGAGCAGGAGGAGGAGGAUGAAAACUCAUAUCUGGAAAUGUGUGGUGUGGGACAUAAAAAUGGUAUUAAUUUAACUCAACCGACGGAUGGGAUUGACUCGUGCUGUGAGAAUUUUGAUAGCGACGUCCUCGAAAGCAUCGCCGGUGACAAAGUGGCCGACGUCGUUGCCGAGGACCAGCUAAAUGCGGAGGAAAACUGUUAUGAUUUUACAACCGAUAGCUGCCUGUACGAUGAUUGCUCCGAGCUGAAAUUGAAUAACGUUGGGAACGUGGUUGUCCCCCCGGUGGAGGCGGACGACGACACUGGUAGCGGGACGUGUCCCUUUAGCGGUCUGCCAGCCGCACAUCUGCGUAUCAAGCAAUCUCCCAAAUAUGGUACCCUUUUCAGGCUGGAGAAACGUUUAUUCUUUGAUCAAUCGAAAAAGUUCUACGUCGGCUUGCUGGACCGGUGGCUGCUGCUGUACAACAACUGCAACGAGCUGAAACCGGCUCAGUGUGUUCAGAUUAAAGACAUCAAGCUGGAUUUGAGUCUAAACGAUCAAAUCAAUGAGAGGAAUCAGUUUCACAUUAUCACUCAGGACGAUGGAAAACUUUGCCUCCUUACGCCGAGUUUCAAGGAGCUGAACGAGUGGGUGGUAGCCAUCCAGCAGAAUCUGCUCGUCAAAAGCGACACCGUGCCAGGUGGUGGGGGUGGUGGUGGUUGCUCUCGCAAAUUGCCUCUUCCUCCCACGCCGGAAUUCUGCGCCGACGAAACUGAUAACGGUACGGAUCAGAAGCCAUCCCACGACGACAGCAUCUACGAGGAGCCCCAGCAGGUGCUGCAGAGCAAACGGCACCCGUCGUCGUCGUCCCCCGAAGGUGAGCACAAUUAUGACACGCCAAAGGCAACCGCCGAGCUUAGCCACAACCUCAACCGAAGGCAGCACGCGAAAGUCAGUCCAACUAAAAUAAUUAAUGUCUCUCCGUCGACGUUGCCUCUGCCGGCAUCAAGCAAGGCAAACAAAUGUGAGCCAAUUUGCCAGUCACCGGUGCCAACUGUUGCAAACACUUCCGGAACCCCGGCCAACUCGUCCGUCCCGGUCACGACGACUACUCCGGUCAAAAGUUGGUUGUUUAAUCGUUUCAAUAAAUCUCCCGAUGCCAGCUCCGACCAGAAGCAGUUGGCUAGAAAGCCACCAGUCUCGAAGAAGUUGUCCUUGCAUGGAUUGGAUACGUCGCCCCUCGUACCCGGAUUGAAACCACCGACAGCCGUAGAUGUAACUACCAAACCGCCACCUACCAGUCCGAUCAGAAUGCCAUCGGUCACAGUGCCAUCGGCUGCUGCCCAUAAGGGGAGCAAAAUAAAUAUGAUAAUUAGUCAGCUGGAGGCCAACGGUCAACUGAGUUUGCUGUCGAAAAGUUGGAACGACUAUCCACCGGGCAAAAGGAACACUUGGUGCGCCGAGGAGUGA